CAGGCAGCAGUGUGAGCUGGAGGGAGGGGGACGGAGCUUGUGCAUGCAGCACCAGGCAGCACCGAGUCUGAGUGACGUCUCUCUGCUCUCUGAGGAUCCGCGUGUGUGUUUUUGCAUCGCGCUCCUGUUUUGCAUCUACAUCAGUUUUUCCGAACGACUCCUGCUCGUCGCCUGUAAGAAAAUACAGGGAAAAGUGAAAGCGACUCCUGUAGUAUGAAGGUAAAAAACAGCUGCAUCUGAUCGUGACAGUUGAGAUUUCGCUCGCCGUUCGACUACAGAGCCCCAUCGAUUCUUCCCGUUAUCUCGUAAUCGAUUAUCGUGACCGGGACCAUGUCAGAAGUGCUGCCUUACGAAGAAAACAUCACUCAUUAUGGCGAUGAUGGAGAUGAGGAGCAGAUUUCCCUCACCUGUCGCCUGCAGAACAACAGCAGUAACUUCUUCAGUUCGACGCAGAACAAACGAGCUCCGAAACUCGGGCAGAUCGGACGCAGUAAGAGAGUUGUCAUCGAAGACGACAGAAUUGACGAAGUCCUGAACAACACGGCAGAGAAGUCAUCGGCGGGAGUGUAACGCACGAGGACGUUGUUAAAGCGGCAGGAAAUCGUGGGUUACAUGCAUUCUGCGUCGAAAGCACUUUGCAGUCCCUCUUAGUAUGGGUUGAAUUACACGGUGCGGCAGCAGGCGAGAGGAACGUCCCUGCUGCGGGCAUCCAAAUGGAGGAAGCGGGGGUCUGUCUGCUUUCUCUCUUUAAGGGCAUGUUUCAUAUCCCUUCUUAUAAAGUGACAUCCUACACUGGACAAACAAGUCCUAUGUUGUUUAAUACAUGUGGAGUUGGUCUGUAGUGGUCCAGAUUCAGUUUAUAUUGUGAGAGGAAUGCAUUGAUAUCACAAGCACAAAACUUUCGUUCUUUAUUUUGCCGUGAGACUGAGCACUUGGUUUCUCCGUAUCUUUUCGUGCACAAUGAAAGUGUUUUUCACUUUAAAUAUCCUAUUUAUGAUCUCCUGGAUACGUUUUUUGUUCUUCUGCAGAGAUGACAAACUGAGCAAAUGUUUUUUAUAGGACGAGAGAGGAAAGACUACUUUUUUUAAAUCGAUUUUUUCAUGUUGCGUAUUGUAAUUUUUUGAUGUGGCUGCAAACUGCCUGCUUAGCCUGAGUUCAAAAGCUUAUUUUUAUAUCAAAGAGCUAUUUCUGAAAAAGAAAAAAACGCUUAUUUGAGUCAUAGUCGUAGCACUUUCAAACGUGGUUGUCACAACUCUCAGCUAAAUGGAUUUUGAUCACUUCUGUGCCAAAUUUUGCAAAAUAUGCCAGUCGACUUGUGUUUCAGUUCACCCGAGUAAUGUGAAGUUUUCCGGGCCUGCCUCUCAUAUAUGUUUCAGGGCUUUUUUUAACUGCUCUUUUUGCAUGAGACGGGCACAAGUGCUCCUUCUGUGGCAGUGAUUUACUAAUAUAUUUCCGGUCAUGUUACUCUGAAUGACAAACCUCAGACUCUUGAAUAUCGUGUAUGUUGCACUUCUCUAUACUGUUAAACAGGGCUAUAUUUGCAAUGAAAUGUAUGACCAAUAAAAUGUGAUUAUAUAACAGAA